AUGUCUGUCGGCAAGAAACACACACUCUCUGAUGGCGAUCGCGAAAGUGAGCCUGUGGCCAAGAAAGCCAAGGUCGUUGAUUCCACAGCCAACGAAUCCGAAGAGCCUGUAAAGGAGAAGAAGAAGGACAAGAAGGACAAAGAAGCAAGGAAGGCGAAGAAGGAAAAGAAGGAGAAGAAGCGGAAGGAAAAGGAGGCCAAAGCGCAAUUGGAAGAGGAGGUGGCUGACCCAGAACCCGAGUCUACAACCACUGACGAAGUCCCUUCAACUAUCGAGACUCCGCAGCCCGAAGAGGAGACCGCUUCUAAGCCCAAGAAGGAGAAGAAGGAAAAGAAGGAUAAAAAGGACAAGAAAGAGAAAAAAGAGAAGAAAGAAAAGAAGAGCGACGACGGCGAGGAGUCUACAAAGACUGAUGUACCUCAGGAGAAUGGCACUAGCGACUCAACGUACAAGCAAGUCGACGCCCUUUCGGCACUGCCCGAAUCCGAGCUUAAGGAUUGGAUGACAGCACAACAAGUCGUCAUCUCUGAACCAAACUCGUUGACAACACACCGACCAAUCCUUAAGUUCACUCAGCUCCCGUCUUCACCCCUCCUCGCCAAGAAGCCAUUUGCUGGCUUCACUGCCCCGACCCCGAUCCAGUCCGCUUCUUGGCCCUACUCGCUCGACGGCCGCGACGUCGUCGGUAUCGCAGAGACUGGCUCUGGCAAGACCCUCGCAUUUUCGGUACCAUGCAUCAAUGCUCUCCAGGCUCUUCCCGAGGGUAGCAAGCCCAACAAAAAGUACGGCCCGACACAUGCCCUUGCCGUGAUUGUUUCACCGACCCGUGAGCUUGCCAUGCAGACCCACGCCGCCAUUGCCAAGCUCGCGGAGCUGGUCGGCAUGUCAGCCGUCUGCUUGUUUGGCGGUGCUCCCAAGGACGAACAGCGCGCCCUGCUGCGCAAGGGGAAGGGUGCCGACAUCAUCGUCGCGACACCGGGGCGACUCAAGGACUUUUUGUCUGACGACACCGUCUCGCUUUCUGCUGCACGGUUUGUGGUGCUGGACGAGGCAGACCGAAUGUUAGACAAGGGUUUCGAAGACGAUGUCAAGCUCAUCCUCGGCCUCUGCCCUGAUCGUGGGCAGCGACAGACCCUCAUGUUUACCGCGACGUGGCCGGCCAGCGUGCGUGGCUUGGCCGAGAGCUUCAUGAUAAACCCAGUCAAGGUCACCAUUGGCGGACGCACAAGAGCCGUUGAUGGAGACGACGAUGGCAAUGGCGUGGUGGAACUCCAGGCAAACUCGCGCAUCUCGCAACGGGUCGAGGUGAUCAACCCCUGGGAGAAGGAAAACAGACUGGUCCAGCUGCUCAAGGAGGCGCAGGCCGGCAAGAACAAGAACGACCGAGUGCUCGUCUUUUGCUUGUACAAGAAGGAGGCCGUUCGUGUCGAGAACAACCUCCAGCGCAAGGGCAUCAGGGUUGCUAGCAUUCACGGCGACUUGAAGCAGGAGCAGAGGACAGCCAGUCUGGAGGCUUUCAAGUCUGGCAAGACUACCGUUCUGGUCGCCACUGAUGUUGCAGCUCGCGGUUUGGAUAUCCCAGAAGUGAAGCUGGUCAUAAAUGUCACGUUCCCCCUCACUAUUGAAGAUUAUGUUCACCGUAUCGGCCGAACCGGUCGUGCAGGCAAGCAGGGUCAGGCCAUCACCCUCUUCACCGAGCAUGACAAGGCACACUCGGGUAGCUUGGUCAAUGUCCUUAAGGGCGCGAACCAGCCCGUUCCAGACGAGUUGCUUAAGUUUGGUACCACCGUUAAGAAGAAGGCACACGACACCUAUGGUGCUUUCUUCAAGGAUGUGGAUAUGAGCAAGAAGGGGACCAAGAUUAAGUUUGAUUAGACACUUAUGUGCCACUGUUUCGAAAAGCUAGGGUUGGCGUUUUUGGGAUUUGUGAAAAUUAACUGUUUGUGAUUGAGCUUGGGUUGCGGUUAUUGCUUUGCCGUCGAUCUCUGGCGUUGUCCACGAGCCUUCUCUACGCAUUGCAUGAGGAACUGUCGUUCUCCGACCGCACUAUAGAAACGGGGGUUAGAUAUCCAUGUACCGGAUUUGGGAGACGGGAAAUGAAAUACGCGAAACUUACACUACCGCAAUGAAGACGACCCCUAGGGACGCGAUUUUGAUGAGCGCAAAAAGCACGCCUCGUACUGCUAGACCAGCAACAUCAGGGCCACUCAGACGGGCAACAGCCUGACUGGUAACCACAGCAGCGCCCACAGUCAUGCCGCUGGGCCUCAGUUCGGACAGUUCAAACUUGAUACCGAGCCUUCCAAAGUAGUGUUUGAUGAAUACUGC